GUGCUCAACCAUGUCCUUUUCGUUCGUCCUCAGUGCAGGAUAACGAAGCGGUCCUCUCUCUACCGGCUCCUAAACCGGGUGUUUUAAUCAGAGUCUGACUUUAGAUCAGGUCCGCUGCUGUCACCCUGACCACCACACGCAAACCGAAAAGCAUUACGCCAUUGAAGCGACGAGUUUUUAUUCGACAUCUGGACAAUCGUCGCCACUGCAGACAUGGAUGUGAUCAUGCGUCGCUGUCCAUUCCUGGCUCGCGUGCCUCAGGCCUUCUUCCAGCAGUCCAAGAAGUCUAUGGUGGUGUACGCCCAGCGAUGCCCCCUCAUGAUGGAGCUGGCCGCAAAACCGAUGGCUCCGACAAUAGCUCGGGCCCUCUGCUCCUCUGCCUCAUCUUCCUCCCCCCACCAGAAGACUGGGGACAUCGUGUCUGCUGGUGAAGGCCCUAAACAGGAUGGGGAGCCUAAGCUGCAUGGUGGGCACCCCAUGACAUCCUCAGGCCAGGUGUCAUCCUCCAAAUGCCCUUUCCUGGCUGCCGAGAUGGGCCAAAAGAACAGCAGCGUGGUCCGCCAAGUCAGCAUGGAGUUCGAAGAAGAUGUUCAGGAAGUCCGCACGGUCAAGAAAGAGCUGUCCCCAGCCCAGCUGAAGCCGUCUCUGGCCAGCGACAGUAAAGGCAGCGGCGAGGAGAGAACUAAUCUAAUGAGGACCCUCCUGAAACAGAGGCCUAAAGGUGUCUCCCACCUGCUGCAGGACAACUUGCCAGGCAGUUUGUCCCGCUACCAGUACGACGAGUUUUUCGAGAGGAAGAUAGAGGAGAAGAAGAGCGACCACACGUAUCGCGUGUUCAAGACCGUGAACCGCCUGGCCGAAGAGUUCCCCAUGGCCGACAACUUCACCGCCUCUUUAGAGGAGAAGAGUGACGUGUCUGUUUGGUGCAGCAACGACUACCUGGGCAUGAGUCGACACCCUCGGGUCGUGCAGUCCAUUAUGGAGACUUUACGAAAGCAUGGGUCAGGGGCCGGAGGCACCAGAAACAUCUCUGGGACCAGUAAGUUCCACGUGGAACUUGAACAAGAACUGGCUGACCUUCACAAGAAGGACGCUGCACUGCUCUUCACCUCCUGCUUUGUCGCCAACGACUCCACCCUCUUCACCCUCGCCAAGAUGCUACCGGGUUGUGAGAUCUACUCUGAUGCGGGAAACCACGCCUCAAUGAUCAUGGGUAUCAGGAACAGCGGUGCUAAGAAAAUUGUUUUCCGCCACAAUGACGUGGCCCAUCUACGAGAGGUUCUACAGAAGGGAGACCCCACCAAACCGAAGAUUGUGGCUUUUGAGACCGUCCAUUCCAUGGAUGGCGCUGUGUGUCCUCUGGAGGAGAUGUGCGACCUGGCCCACGAGUUUGGGGCCAUCACCUUCGUAGACGAGGUUCACGCCGUGGGCCUGUAUGGCGCCAGAGGAGGGGGCAUCGGAGACCGGGAUGGCAUCAUGCACAAGAUGGAUAUCAUCUCGGGGACAUUAGGCAAGGCUUUUGGCUGUGUGGGCGGCUACAUCGCAAGCACCGCUUCCCUGGUGGACACGGUGCGCUCCUACGCCGCGGGCUUCAUCUUCACCACCUCUCUGCCGCCGAUGCUGCUCAACGGCGCCAGGAACUCCAUCCAGAUCCUCAAAGGGCAGGAGGGCCGCACUCUGCGACGCAAACACCAGCGCAACGUCAAGCUGCUCAGACAGAUGCUGAUGGACUCGGGGCUGCCAGUGGUGCACUGCCCCAGCCACAUCAUCCCAAUCCGGGUGGCGGACGCGGAGAAAAACACCGAGGUGUGUGACAUCAUGAUGAGUCGCCACAAUAUUUACGUCCAGGCCAUCAACUACCCCACCGUUGCCAGGGGCGACGAGCUCCUGCGUAUCGCCCCGACGCCUCACCACUCCCCUGAGAUGAUGAAAUACUUUGUUGAGAAGCUAGUGGACACAUGGAAGGAGGUGGGCCUGCAGGUGAAGCCCCACUCCUCAGCGGAGUGCACCUUCUGCCAGCAGCCGCUGCACUUUGAGGUGAUGAGCGACCGUGAAAAGUCUUACUUCAGCGGCCUCAGCCACCCCAUCUCAGCCUGCGCGUAACACUACGGUCCUCUGCCGGCUGCAGAGGCCACAUACCAUUCCAACUGUCACUGUCAUAGAAUGUAUACCCAUUGAGAAGUCCUUCUACGCAUUAUUUAAUAUAUUCUAUGUUCUAUAUGCCCAGAAUAAAGUACGAGAUUGGAAAGUAA